AGCCACCGGACCGGGUUUUCGCAGAUUGUGUUUGUCCUGGCGCAACAAAACUGGGCGAUGCCAUGGGAAUUGACGGUGCUUCGACAAAUCUCUGCGUUCCGGCUGCAGGAAGAACCCUAGCGCGAAAUCAAACGCUCUUUUCUUUUCCAGCAUCCAAGCCAUCGAUCGCGCUUUUCAAAAUACUUCCCAUCUCCAAGCUGGCCUCGACGUUGCAGAAGUUGUAACGCAAGGUGCUCGAGAUAUGGUUGAUGACACGUGUGAAAGCAAGCUAUAUGUCGGCAAUCUGGACCAAAGAAUCACAGAAGCCAAUGUGAUCAAGAUGUUUUCUCCUUUUGGUAAGAUAAUAUCUGAAGACUUCUUAUGGCACACUCGAGGUCCUAAGAAGGGCGAACCGCGUGGUUACGCUUUUAUCCAAUACGGUUCCAAAGAGGAAGCUCAACUUGCAAAGACGGAGAUGAAUGGGAAGUUGGCUUACGGACGCCCUUUGGUUGUUCGUUAUGCAGAUGAGAAAUACCAUUCGGAUACGAAGGAUCUGCCGAAAACCGCAUUCAAUCUUAAGAAGUCAUGUUUUGCUUCAGGAAGUGGAACAUGUCAGACGAGCAGAAGUGCCAAAAUUGCAGCAAUCAAGAAUAAACUGAAAACUUUGGAGCAGGAGGGAUGCAGUUCUAAGAAAUUGAAGACAGAAAGCUUUUAUGUUGGCCGCGGGGAUGUCAAAGAAGAAGAUUGAUUGAUUACUGAUUGUUUAAGAGGAGAUCGUGGGCUGAUUCAGCUCAAGAAAUACUGGUUCAACUUUGCUGGCAAUACAGUUGAAUAUUUUGCGAGAAUAGAUGCAUAUGAAAUUGUAGUUAUGAAUUAGCUUCGAAGAGAAAAUUUGAAGUUAGCCGUUGGAGGAUCAAAGAUUAGUUUGCAAUUCAUUGCUGAUAUGUCUAUUUUGUACAACGGCAAGUCUCAUCAUGAAUUUGCUCACUUUUCUUUUCAUAAGUUUUUUUUUCCCCCUUAAUUUAUU